ACUUCAAAAUAAAAUAUCAAACAAAACAAACGCAAGUUCGACCCGUACGAAGUUUUGCCUCCAAAUUCGUACAUUUAUUUUCAAAUUGAUUUUUUUGCUAAUUUGUCAUCUAAUUUGUUUCUUCAAUAAGUUUUGCAUCAAAUAAAUCACUCAGCAAUUGAGGAAUUUCAAGAAAACAAUUGACAACAAUUAUUAAAAUGUCGAAAAUGGAACAUGAACCAAUCACAUCGAAUUCCAUAAUGGAGCAAAUUCAAAUACUUAUCAAACCGCCACCGCCAGAAGAAGAUGUUAAAGUUGUACAAAAGCCAAGUGUUACCAAGCACCCAUACUAUCGACGGCCAGGACGUGGGCAUAACCAUGAUUCUUGUGAUGCCUGCAACGAAGGUGGCAAUCUUCUGUGUUGUGAUAGGUGUCCAUCAAGUUUUCAUUUGCAGUGCCACGAUCCUCCCCUAAACGAGGAAGACAUACCCAGUGGACAAUGGUUAUGCCACAAUUGUCGCAUGACUUCUAAACCAAUAUCAUCUAAAUCCAGUUCUGUUGAGCGAACAGCUGCUGGUCAUAAGCUUCUUGGGACCGAAUCAUCUGAACACUCGCGGCCCAGUACCCCAGAUCUCGAUGUUGUUCCACCGAAAAUACGGUCCCUCCGCAAUCGCAGCGGAAGUCGGACUUCUAUUUCAAGCGAGCCUGCAUCGGUGACAGCUGCAGACAAGAAUUCAGCUGCUACAUCGGAGAAAAUUUGUUUGGGCAUAACAAAAGCUUUCGAAGCAAACAAGAAACCUAACCUUCUUUAUGAGCUCAUAAAAGCGGCCAGUACUCUGAAUCCAAAACAAUUUGAAUUGCCAAAAGAACUCGAAAUUCAUACGCAGUUUCCAGGGAACGAUAAAGUUGAGCCAAUUAAGAAUGGAAAUGGCAAAAAACCAGGCGUGCGCCGAAAUUCCAAACCCAACGAACUAGAUUCGCAGGGACUAGUACCUCUGCCGGCCAAAACCUGCUUUUACUGUCGAAAAUCCUGUAAGAAGGCACCUCUAGUAUCGUGUGACUACUGCUCCUUGUUUUACCAUCAAGAUUGCCUUGAUCCCCCAAUGACAGUUCUACCCGCUGGAUUGUGGAUGUGUCCGAACCAUCCAGAAACCUUUGCAGAUUGGCAUAUGCUGGAUAGUAUUUCAGCGACGGAGCGAGUUAAACUUUGGAACAAGUUCUCAACUCCUUUUGAUCAUGAAGUUGUAAAAACUGAAUUCUUUCGCCGAAUUCAUACACGCAAUCCACCGUUCCGAAUUAAAUCUGCCCGUACCCGUUGUGUGGAUUCCAUCAAAAUACCACCAAUGAUUCAGUAUCUCUACGAGAAUCCACCCAAACUUCUACCAUCACUGCGUGAUGUCUACCGAUGCUCGAAUGUUUACCGUCGCAAAAGAACAACACAGCCUCUACCCGAUGCUAUUUGUUUGGAAUCGGAUAAUGUUAAGCAAAAAGUAGCCGAAAGUGUCAGAGAACAAUUGGAGGCGAUGAAAUGUGCUCGAGAUAAACUUCGAGAGGUUCAAAUUAUAACCAAUUCAACGGGUUUGUUAGGUUUUGAUGAUGAUGAAUCUGAAAAUAAUGCUGAAAGCAUUGUUGGAAACAAAGAAAACAACACAAAAGAUAACAAGAAACCACUAAAGAAGGUUGCGAAGAAACAACAAUUGAAAAGCCACGAAAGUAAUUCUGAAGACGAUGAUGAAGAUUCAUCCAAUACUGACGACUUAAGCGAAUCUCUCGAAAAGAAGAUCGAAACCAGUGAAGGAGUUAAAGAAUUGACAGGAGCUAAUAUAGACUAUGAACUUAAGUACCUUGAUGUGGAUAUAAUUAAAAAGCUUGCCUUUCAGCGACUGCAGCAGAUCAUCAAGGACAAUACCGACUUGGUGGUGCAAUAUCAAAAUAGAUCGGCAGCAAAACGAAUUCGCGAACUCAUACGUGACAAUGAAAAAACACCCACAGUUCUGCCAAGUCAAAUUCUUUGUCCAGAAGAUCUCCAUCGCCUGUCGAUAAUGUUCACCGAAGAAAAGAAUCAAGCCGACAUUGACAAGUAUGAAAACUACAAACCAAAACAGAAAACCGAUAUGGAAAAAUCAUUAGAAAUUGCCAUAAGGCUUGAGCCGCAAAUUGCCAGAUCACAGAUUAGAACACGGGCUGUUCUCACCCCUUUGGGCAAUUUGUUGGAAGAAGACAAAUGGUUUACAAAAAUUGAUUUGAACGAAUCUAUUUUCAUGCAAUAUAGGAGUUUUAGCGUUGGUAGCGGAAGCAGUAGCGAUUUAUGUCUAGACCGAAUUGGUCGAUGUAGACGGGUCUCUCCAAAGCACGCCUCGAUUUUCUAUGAUAACUUAAGCAAACAUUAUGAAUUGAUUAAUUAUUCAGAACAUGGUACUGAAGUAAAUGGACAAUUAUACACUUGUGAUUUUAGAGAAGUCGAACCAUCACCAGCAAAACAAUACAAAAACAUCACGAUUGAUUUGCACAAGAAGGUGCAGGAGAUUUUGGACAAGCGAAGAGGAAUUAAACGUAAGAACUUUGUUCUCGACGAGAAUGCAAGAAUGACUGGACCUGUCAAACCCGAAUGCAAAUGUAGCAGUGCUCCCGCACCACCUAUGAUCAACGGAUGUUGGGAAGGUUCAGCUAUUCUUACCCAUGGAACCCUUAUCCGAUUUGGAUGUCUUCCGUUUGUGUUUUCUAUACCGGAUUUUGAAAAACACAACAUUGUCGGUUAGAAUGCCCCAAGAUCACAACUAAUGCGAAAAACUUGAAAUAUAUUCUGUCAUUUGUAUUAAAAAAAAAGAAA